AGGAUGAUAAUUUAAGAAAACAUAUUUUAACACGAAACUGUCACUACAGAUGGUUUGUAUUGAGUGAGACCACCUCCUUACUUGAUCAAUUGUAAACAAACGAUUUGAUCCAGAAUUUGUUAGCCAAAUUUAUUUACUUACCGCCAUUAAAACAGAUCCUUCAAUUUCUGCAAAUCAUCGAAUAGUUUGCAGUAUGUGGUCCAUCUCGAAUCGUUAAAUAAAUCGCGGUUAACAAACAAUGGUUUGUUGGUUUUUUUUGUUGUUGCCCGUUUCCCCUUUGCUGUCAAGUGUCGUCAAAACGCAAACGUACAUGAAAAUUCUAAUCUAUUAGUCAUAGCCGCGACAAGCGACGGGAAAGAAAAACAUCUGUAGAACGGAUGAUACAGUGCCGAAGGUCAGCCUUUUCUGAUUCCCGGUGGUAGUUCGUUGCAGCACACACUAGCUCGCGCUACGUUAUUUCAGCAUCGCAGUAAUAUAGUCUUACAAUCCGUGAAUCAGCAGUGUGCUGAUGCAAUCGACUGGGGUUAGUCUGGUGGAUUAGAAAGACGUAGAAGAAAAGGCCGUAUUCGAACGCAAAGCUGAAGCUAUGUUGAAUGUUCCUACAAGUGCUCUACGUUGAUAGUUUUUGUUUCGAAAGAUUCCUUCCAAUUGUUCCCCACCGAAUUCCUUUACAUCCCGCCCAAAAACCAGAUCUUUUGGUUAAGUUUGUUUUUGUUUGUAACCUACCACAAAAUGUUCCACCAACGUGUCUUCCCGUAAUCCCUGUACAUACGCUCAGUAUUAAUCCACUGCUGCAAACGCGUGGGAUCAAACAACCAUUCCGAAGUAGCGCACCUUCCGUGUUACCUCUAAAUGCAAAUGGCUUGGCUCGGGAUCGGUGCACUGGCAUCCGGUUUAGUAAUCCAGCGGCUGCUAGGUGGAGACGCACCGCCCAACAAGGUGCAAGAGGUAAAAAAUGAGUCCUACAUCAACCUGCAAGUACUACAGCGAAAUGAAUCGAUGCGGCUAUUUGCACCGAAUCCAAAUGCUCCCGACAAAAAGCUGGUGUACGAAAUCAUUCUGGAAAGACCGCACUCGGAAACGAUCAACACAUCGUACAGCUUAUACCGGGCAGCUACACAAGCGGCAGCGGAGGAAAAAUUUGAAGCCUUCCAUCAACGUCUGCCAGAAUUGGUGAAAAUUGUUCGCGAGAUGUAUAAUAUUAACGGUUUGCAGAAGCUUUGUGAUGUGUUGAUAGAAAAUCCUUCCUGGUCCCUGGCACAUGUUGUUGCUUUUUACAAUCUAACUGACUACGUAUCGAAUCCUAGUAUUAUCGAUUUUCUCGACUAUGCCGAAUAUUCCGACAUGAUGACUCCGUUGCAGAUUGCCGUUAAGGCAAACAACAUUGAGUUUGUGAAGGUGUUGGUACAAUCGAAUCAAUGUAACUUGGAGCACCUGGAUAAGAAUAGCAACUCGGUGUUCCAUUUUGCAGCGAGUACAACAAAAGAAAUGAUAAAUCUGUUAACAGCAAAAAGUACCUCAAACUUAAACCAUUGCAAUACCGAUGGUUACACACCGCUGCAUCUGGCCUGUUUGGCAGAUAAGCCGGACUGCGUGAAGGCGUUACUGUUAGCUGGAGCCGACACAAACAAAAUGGCCCGCGGUGCUGGAACGUCCUACAGCAAAUCUAUUCCAUCGACCUGCACUGAUGAACCUUCUUCUACAGGUAAUGUAGCGGAUUUUCUUGUCAGCAAUCCAAAUAAACUGUUCACACAGGACAUGAAGCAUGGUGGCACACCGCUACACUGGAGCUCUAGCCGGGAGGUACUGAAUUCGUUAAUCGAACGCGGUUGUGACGUGAAUUUAGUUAACUUCAAUGGUCAAACACCACUGCAUGUGAUGGUUGCUCGUGAUCGAUUGGAAUGUGUCGUUGCGUUAUUGGCCCACGAUGCGGACAUUGACGUGGUCGACAACUCAGGCAACACGCCACUGCAUAUAGCGGUGGAAAAGAAACUCAUCCCGAUCGUGCAAUGCUUGGUAGUGUUUGGUGCCGAUUUUAAUAAGCCGAACAAGGACGGUAAAACACCACGCCACAUGGUUGGCAAGGAUGACAAUGGUUCGAAGGAUUCGAUGAUACUGUACAUUUUACACUCGGUCGGUGCAAAACGUUGCCCAGAGAAGGGCACCAGCAAAUGUCCACCGGGAUGUGCGGCGGGCGGUACCUACAAUGGUAUCCCACCGGCACAGCCGGAAACUUCGGAGCAGCGGGAACAUAUCCAGCAGCUGCUGUCACACACGACCACCAAAUCGCAUCGGAACAGUGUGCCAAGCCUCAUAUCGAGCACGAUACGGGCUACCAUACCGGAGGAGCGUGAACGGCGCGAGGUUAAAACAAUAGAUGUCAGCCAGGAACGUAAAGGCGCUAGUAUGAUGGAUGCGUUGCUGUCGAUGUUUAUGAAUAAGGUAGAGGCGGCCUCUAAACCGACGUCACCCACGUCGACAACUUCCUCGCUGAAGGGCGGUAUGAAUCUGCUCGGCGACUUUGACGUUGGCGACGAACCGAUGCUAACGGACGAAAUCUGUGGCGCGCAAACAUCCAAAAGUCCGACGGGUGAAUCAUCGACUGGUGGAGGUCCACGAACGGAAUCGAGGCCCCGUUCGGCAUGCGAGCCCGGAACGAGUGGUGAAUCGUACGGUGGGCGUGGUCGUUUGCUUUGCCUCGAUGGUGGCGGUAUUAGAGGGCUAGUGUUGGCACAAAUGCUGUUGGAGAUAGAGAACCUAGCCCAAACGCCCAUCGUUCAUCUGUUCGAUUGGAUCGCUGGUACCAGUACCGGCGGUAUAUUGGCCCUCGCUUUAGGCUGUGGUAAAACGAUGAAGCAAUGUAUGUGUUUGUAUCUGCGCAUGAAGGAUCAAGCGUUUGUCGGUUCACGCCCGUACCCGAGCGAUCCGCUCGAGACGGUACUGAAGGAACAGCUGGGCGAGUUUACCGUCAUGUCGGACAUCAAGCAUCCACGGUUGAUGGUAACCGGUGUGAUGGCCGACAGGAAACCGGUCAAUUUGCACCUGUUCCGCAACUACGAAGCCGCCAGUGACAUUCUAAGCAUCGUAACGCCUUCGAACAAUCGUGGACAGCCUCCACCACCGCCGAGCGAGCAGCUGGUGUGGCGUGCGGCCCGUGCAACCGGUGCAGCGCCGUCCUACUUCCGUGCGUUUGGUCGUUUCCUUGAUGGGGGAUUGAUUGCGAACAAUCCGACACUGGAUGCUAUCACCGAGAUACACGAACUGAAUGCUGCCCUUCAUUACAGUGGUCGGGCAUCAGAAGCAGUACCGGUUUCGGUUGUAGUUUCACUUGGCACAGGACUAACGCCGGUAGUGGAUUUGAAGGAAAUUGAUGUGUUCCGUCCGGAUAGUAUAUGGGACACGGCCAAGUUGGCGUAUGGUAUUUCAACUAUCAGUACCCUGUUGGUGGAUCAGGCCACCGCAUCGGACGGACGUGUGGUGGACCGUGCCAGGGCAUGGUGUAGCAUGAUUGGGGUACCGUACUUCCGCUUCAAUCCCCAGAUGUCGGUCGACAUAGCGAUGGAUGAAAAGAUAGACGAACCACUAAUUAACAUGCUAUGGGAGGCGAAGGCGUACAUGCACAGCAACCGGAAGCAGGUCAUAGAGCUUAUCAAUCUGCUCAAGUAGCAGCAGUAAGUAAGGGCGCCCCGAGUGAAGGCUAGCAAAGACAAAAAAAUGUAUGAGAAAAACGAUAUCUACUUACUGUCUCCAUAUUCGCACCAACUUAACCACCUUUCGAGAUGAUAUGCCCACCAGCAACCAAAAAGCCCCCCUAAAUAGAGUUAGGAAAGCAACAGGAAUUGCUUCAUUAUCUCUUCAUUCUAUCUCUGGCGCUCUCUGUUUACCGUUUUUGGCGUGAAAGCACGAAACAUUCCUGAUGUAGUGACAAAUUUUAUUUUUUUUUAUAAAAGAAUAUGAAAACAAAGAGAAAGAUGAUAUGAGGAAGGAAAGGGGGAGCAUUAAAACGGGGAAGAAGAAAAAAAAACAAUCGCAUAACGUGUUUAGUCGAUGCCCGGUGAAAAAAUGUUACUCACGUUGCCUCAACAAAAGGUUUUCUUCAUUGUUCCAUACAUCGUACUGAAUUGUUGACAAUAUCUUUAGAAAACGAACAAUUUAUGUAGACUAUCAGCGGGGGAAGAAUUAAAACUUGCCCAAUAAGCGGAGCGAACGAAACAGAGGUAAAAAGUAAAACGCAUCGAAUGUAGCCGCAACUGACGGAAGGAAGAACACAUAAGCAACGCGAAUAAAUAAUAAGGCCUAGGGAACUAGGGAUUUGUGUAGGAUGAGAGUAAACAAGCGAGAAGCUAGAUUACAAUAAGAUGAACCAAAAAUACCUUUCACCGGCCAUACCUGGCUAAUGUUCCGUGCGCAUUCCGGCCAGGUAUGGUCGUACAUGUGUGCGUCAAAAAUAUUUAAAUUUUGUGAUUAUCGUGCUUUUGAGCUGCUUUGUCGAGUUAUGUGUCUACAAAAGAAAUCGUUUUCCUUGUGCAAUGUUGUCAAUAAUGGUUAAGAUUGGGACGAAUUGUACGAUCGUUAUACAGCACAGAUUUAUGUGUGUGUGUGUGCGUGUGUUGAGUUUUUGGAAGAAAGCUUAUGUUGUAUCACAUAAAUAGUUUAUUCGUUGUUUAUUUUUGAUGAUGCAGGUUUUAAUUUAUUUUAAUACAAACACAUGCACACACAUAUACAUAUAGCACAGUAAAAGCAAAACUGGAACAAAAACGUUGGAAAUAGUGCGUGAAAACGAAGAAAGAAGCCCACCAAACAUGUACAUGCGCUGGUAGAGUCCAACGAGUUAACGGAGGUAUGGAUGCGAUUCGAUGUUUCAACGAGCAGUUUUAUAAAACUACGCUCAUCAAAUGUUUCCUAAGUUAUUUAAAUUUGUUUUGUUAUUCUUUUUUCAUUGACCGUGUAGUUAAUGUUUGCAGGAGUGUGUAGGAAAAUAUGUUUCUUCCAAAUAAAUCGUUCCAAAAAGGUGUGACGAAA